UUUGUACGUGACAAUCGAUUCACAUGUGGAAGUCACUUCUGAAGGAAAAAAUCCAGUGCACCAGUGAAAUUGUAACAAGUCAGUAGAGUGUUAACCGGAGGCGAUACGGUUCUGAGCUAGACGUCCGGGAAUGAGUACAUUCCGGAUGUGGUGACGUAUACGUGUUCACAGCGGUGACGGCAAGAAGGUUGCAUUUCAGAGUUUGUAACAGUAUCAGAAACACGUGCUGUACUCCUCUGUAAUGCGAAGCCACCCGCACUCUGUACUGAAAUAAGACUCGCAUACAUCAGCGUGUUUGAUCACAAACAACGAGAUGUCCGAUCCGGCUCCGAGCGCUCUGCUGUUCAUCUCAAAAUGGGAUUAUCACAACGCUUCGGCCGCAGAUGAAAAAAAGUUUCGGGAACAGGCCUCGGACUUUCCACACCGUCAUGAAUGGCAGGAAGAAGACCUAAAGGCGGCAUUCAAACAUCUGCAGUCUGUUGUCUGCUCCUCCAACUUCCCAGUAUACGACACCGGCCCGGCGGCCUUGGCGAAAAAGGCACUUGAAUGGAUCUUACAACACAUCAAAGAAGAUGACGCCUUUCAUGAUGAGUACGCCUCAUUCCUAAUAGCGUGUACAGCAGCUGGCCCCAGCCUAGCACAGAUUGACCUGAUGUACACAGUGGCCUGCAGGCGGAGUUUCCAGGGCUAUCUAAAGAGUCUGAGUGGUACAAAACUGAUUAGUUUACUGACUGGGAUACAGAAGAAGUUUGUCAACAGCGAGACCCUCCCGAAAGACUACUGCGAGAAAUUAACCAGCGUGCUGAGAUCACACGUGAUUCAGGCACUUUCGAAGGAGCAAUGUUCGCAGCACCGCGGUGCAUUCGUGAAGCUGCUCAUGUUUUACCAGAGCCAGGUGUCCGACGCGGAUGAAUACAUGGCCAAACUUUACUACACAAAUCUGUGUAACGCCAUUGAGAACCUGAUGGGGAGAGAAAAAUGGAAGGAUUUAGAAAGUGUGGUACCGGACCCAAAGCCAUUUUGUUUUCAAGAGCAACUACAGGCCUUUGGGAAGUUCUUUAAGGCCGGUAAAUAUCCAGCCUUUGAAAAACAGGGAGACAUCUUCAGAUAUUGUUUACGCAACAUACUAGAGCCAAUAAUACAAAACAAGACAUAUUUCAAUCUUCAUCUGGAUGAGGUCAUGAAGCUGUUCUGUAUCGUCGCUAAACUGCCAGUGGGUGAGAGUCAAGAGAAAGUAAUGGAUCCGUUCUCGUCUUUCAUCAACGGACUGAGGAACAACAAGCAGCUGGUAGAGAAAAAACACGAACUGUUCAAGAAAUACGCCCCAAUGCUGACAAACCUCAUUUUGGAUAUUCCCCACCCGGAUUGCUUGGGAGGCGUGAUCAAAGAUCUGCUCGAGUAUUUCCUCAAGCCAGCUGGAGCAAGCGAUGCCAGUCACACUAAACUGUGGGUGAACUUCUUAGCCGCCAUGAUUACCCAAGGUGAUGUCCGCUUUAUUCAGUCCAGCCAGAGGUUCGUGAGGGACCACAAGAAAAUAUUAAAGUGGAAGGACAACGUAGAUGGCGCUCGUGUGAUCCUGGCUAAUAUAGGAUCUGUCAAGUUCAAGGAGGUUGAUGAAAACUCUACGGGCAGGAGGGGUCGUGACAAUUCCGAUCCAGACUCCGUGGGACGUGCAUUAGGAGACUUUGGUGAAGAACUCCUGAAGCAGCUAAAGUUCUAUAAGGUUCUGGGUGAUGUGCAGAAGGAACUCCUGACCUUACUGAAGGACAUAUUGGAGGAGGGGGACAGGAACAAGUUAAGCAUAGCCAAGGAAUGUUCAGAGUUUAUUGAACUUAAGGACGAUUUGAGCCUGGCUCUGCCCUUGAUAGACACAUUUGACCGGCAGUUUAAACGAGAAGACUAUCCAUGGGAUCAUUGGGCAACUGUUGGAAUCUGCAUGGACGUGCUAAAUAAAGUUAUCCAAGCUCACAAGGAUCAGGAACAGUUCAGACCGUACGCCCCAAAGUUUGUCUCCAUCUUCAAAACCGCCAUGAGUCGAGAUUUUUACAACUAUGAAUCUGAUUCGAAGAGCGUAUUUGGUUACGUGCUUAUGGGACCUCUCAUCGUACUCGGAGCGCUGUACCGUAAUGGCAAAAACCACGACGACCUCAAGCCUCUCCUAGGCGAUUUGGUGAGACUACUGCAGUGUGAGGACGAGGACAUCAGCAGCAGUGUCGGCAACACCUUCACCAUGCUCACCAUGGCCAACGCAGCCAUCUUUGCGCCUCAUAUGAAGGAAAUCGUCGAGUCUAUGCUGGAAAAGGAAGAUAAUACGCUGUUGUCCGUUGUUCAGGCGUGUUACAAACACAACCCCACACCUGUGGAUGACGUAUUUGAUCAAAUCUUUAACCUCCUGGGAUCAGUGGAGACAAAUUACCAAAGUAGUGUGCUGAUGUUGUUGAAGGAAAUUGCGGAACGAAACCCAAAGCUAUUCACAAAAGAUCAAGUGGACACGUUGUUGGACGAGUACCUUGACAAUCAGAUGACUGAAGGAUUAGUAUUACAGCUACUACAGGCCUUGUCCCUGUCGUCAUCCUCCCCUAUAGAACAUCACAUGAACAAACUGUUUGCCAAAAUGAACAGCCUGAUCGGAGCGGCCAUGAUUCCUACUAUUCUGGUUAAUUUGGCUCACAAGAAUAAGAAACUAAUCCAUCCCGUGUUUAAUAAGCUGAUAGAGUUCCUCCGGAACUACAAAGGAGACUACACCUACUUGUCCUGCGCACUGAACUCCAUCCGGGUGAUUGGUGCACACGAUAAAGAAAUCCUCACUCCUCAUAAGCAACUGUUUGAGGAUCUUGGGGAAAAACACCCCAAUCUGAAGGACAUGUGCAAACUGCUGGUUGACAUCAUUGAAGGUCGUAGUGUUGACGACAUCACUGAGAAGAUCGGCCAGCAGCAAGAUGACAUCAACCAGCUGGACACGCGGGUGACCAACACUGAGAAUGAGGUGAAGGAGAUUAGCACAGAGGUGGAUUCCCAGGGGAGGAAACUCAGCCAGCUGGAUGAGGAUGUGGCCAAGCAGGAAGGAAAGAUAGGUGACCUGGAGGUAGUGGUCGACGACACCGUGAUGAAGGUCGAGGAGAUUGAUAAAAAGACUUUGAGUCACGCCCCAGUGUGGUCACGGGACGUUUCCUCUCUCCUCAACCCUGAGGCUGAGCAUGACUGGCGCCUACUUGCCCAGAGAUUGGGCUACACCCCUGAGGACAUCCGGGGCUGGGCCACACAACACGACCCCUGUAUGUCACUCCUUAGCGAGUGGUUCGCCACCCACAAAACCAGCGAGGCGACAAAAGCCGUCCUCAAAACUCUGGAGGAGAUGAACCGUCUGGACGCCGCUGAGAUCGUUGGCAGGGCCAUGCAGGCUGUUGAGAAUGUGGUUGAGGACGAACCUCUUGACUACGAUAUUCCACCCCCUAUUUUCAUCAGUUACCAGUGGGGUCAUCAACCGGAAGUGAGACUGCUCCGUAAACACCUGGAAAUGGCGGGUUUCGAAAGUUGGCUGGACAUCGGUCAGAUGGGAGGGGGAGAUAAACUGUAUGCCAAGAUUGACCAAGGAAUACGGGCGGCCAAAGUGGUCAUCUGCUGUGUGACGGAGAAGUACGCCAGGUCACCCAACUGUAACAGGGAGGUAAACUUGGCUGUAAAUCUGGGCAAACCGAUCAUCCCUCUUCUGCUGGAGAAUGUGGCAUGGCCUCCCCCGGGGUCCAUGGGCCCCAUAUUUGGGGAGUACCUCUACAUUCGGUUUUUCCAGCGGGGGGAGAAGGAGGAGACCAAAGAUGACCGCGUCUGGCCGCCAUUAAGUUUCAAGGAGCUUCUGAUGCAGCUGUCUUACAUGAAGUUGAUACCAGAUCACUCCAAAAUUACCAAACCCUAUGAGAACUGGUGGUUGCCCCCAGAGGAAGUGAUAGUGGUCAAAAAGAAGCCAAGCAGUGGCGGAAGCGCUAAAGAGGUUUCUGCUAAGUCCGGAGCGAGCAAGGAUCUGGGUGAAGAACCGGAGGUGUUCAUUUCUUACCAAUGGGGGAUCCAGCCACAGAUCAAAGCUCUCUACAAGAGGAUGUCUGGACUUGGUUACCACUGCUGGAUGGACAUUCAUCAGAUGGGAGGCGGAGACUCACUCUACGAUAAAAUAGACAAGGGAGUCAGGGGAUGUAAAGUUGUUCUGUCUUGUGUGACAGAGAAAUAUUCCAAAUCAGCCAACUGCCGCAGAGAAGUGAGCCUGGCAGAUGCGCUGAAGAAGCCAAUCAUACCUCUUCUCUUAGAAGACACAACAUGGCCGCCGAGUGGACCAAUGAGCAUGGUCUUUACUCAGCUGUUGUAUAUAGAUUUUAAAGACGUAAAUGUACAAAGGUCUUGGUCUGGGGCGACAUUUGAUGAGUUGAUAAGGAAAAUUAAACUUUACGUUUCCAAUGAUGAGGAUAACAGCACAGUUGAUAAAGGGAGAGAAAAUAAACCGGCGAAACCUGUUCCGGUAACACCGUCAAAUACUGCCCCUCCACCUGCUGUUGUACAAGAUGCUCCCGCGGAAACAAGACAGCGGUCCCCAGCAGCACCGCCUAGGCCCCAGUCAAGCCAAGCUAGAAAGGUGACACGACCGUACACUCCACAGAAGGAUGGACUGUCUAAAUCAUGCACUGUGCUGUGAGAUUCCUUAGAAUUGAAUUACUGAAACACGUUCACUUUGUUACGGGGAGAUAUCCCCAAAAGCACAAUCACGGAAUGUAGGGGUUAAAUGAACUGUGAUAUUGUUUAAUCUAUCGAUUCUUUUAUAUCUUUAUGUCAAAAAAUGAUUAAUUCAUCGACUUUUAUUUCUCAGAAUUUAUGUAAUGAAAUGACUGUAUGUAUACUAUCAUCAUUAUAUUUGUAAUUCACCACGCGUAAUAUCCAUCAUGCCAUCACGGCUGUAAUGACGUCAUACAACUACCGAGUUCAUAAAUAGAUAUCUAAUCAAGCUUCUCUGUAGGUCUGUAGCAGCACAAGACUUCGUGGUGAAGUCGUUGUUAAGGUAACUACUGGCGAAAACACACGUACAUGAUUCAGAAUGCAGAGGAGCCGGUCUUACAAACAGUGGUAAUGCUACGUCAAGCACAUUUAUCAUAGCGACAUAUCCCUUCGCACAGUAUUGCCAUGGGUGUCAGACAUGCGUUGUGAUUGCUUCGUAAGACGGACCCCUUGUUUCAAGCUACCAGUACUGCGUAUGCUAGAACAGAACAGAUAAAACAUACAAUAUGAACAGAUGCAUUGUCAAAGCAGGAUAUGAUAUGCAAAUAAAA